AUGGCGGAAAUGCUCCUGAAGGCACAGAAGUACAUGAAUGCUGAAGAUGCUUUAGCUGCCAUAAAGGAUGCCGAGAAGCCAGGCGACAAGGCCAAGAGGGAAGACAAACGUAGGGGGCAGAAGAGAGAUCGACCAAAUCAUCGGAACAAUGACGGGAACAGGAGGAAAGAUGAUCAAAGUCCUCGGACGGACGAGCAUUAUCUCAAAUGGCCUAGACCAUUGCACUCAUCCCCCAAUGUCCGCGACAAGAACAAGUACUGCCGGUUCCACAAAGAUCACGGCCACAACACGGAAGAUUGCAGAGACCUAAAGGAGCAAAUAGAGGAGUUAAUAUGGAAAGGGAAGUUACAAAAAUAUGUGAAGAAAGGAGAAUAUAGCAAGUUCAGAGACGACAAUAAAAUCCAGCAUGAAUCCUUCUCCCGAGAUGACGACCGUCCGUCCCAGCCUCCACAUAAGGUGAUCGGGGAGAUAAACACGAUUACAGGAGGGCCGUUUUCAGGAGGGUCGUUUAAAUCACUCAAAAAGGCAUACCAGAGACAGGUUAACAGCGUCCACGCCGCACCCCAAUCCAAGCACCGACGAACAUAUCAGGACAUGUCCUUCAGUGAAGGAGAUGCCAUGGGAGUGAAGCAGCCCCACAACGAUCCCUUAGUCAUAAUGCUGAAUAUAGAAGGGUUCAAUACCAAGAGGAUCCUCGUCGAUAAUGGCAGCUCCGCGGACAUCAUCUACCUCAUAGCCUUCCAGCAGUUGAGACUAGAUCCAAAAAGACUGCGCUCUUUUGACUUUCCACUCGUCAGUUUAAACGGAGACAGGGUCUACCCCAGGGGGAUAGUGACAUUGACGGUAACGGCGGGGACCUACCCAAUGCAAUUGACCCGGCAAGUAGACUUCCUGGUGGUAGAUUGUCCCUCAUCCUACAAUGUCAUCGUUGGAAGACCCACGCUCAGCAAGUGGAAGGUGGCAACGUCAACCUACUGUUUGAAGGUAAAAUUCCCAACAGAUAAUGGUGUCGGUGAAGUGAAAGGAGAUUAA